UUACGCUAUCAUGUUUGGACUUGCAAAGGCGUUCGGUCGUCUGAAUGUGGCCGCAGGUGUGACAAAGAGCGUGUACACGGCGAGGUAAUUUGAACCCCACCCCUGUUCUGGUGAUUGUAAGCGCCCCUGCAACAAGCGACAAUGAGCCUAAUGCUCCUUCCCCUUCUUUGUAUUCUAGCGCCAUGAGCCGGCUCCACACCACCGCGCAACGGUACCAGCAGAGCAGCAAGCCGCCGACAGCCGAUCAGACAGCCUCAUCAGCGUUCGACAUUGCCGAGGAAGCCAGCGGAUCGGGCUCCGCAACCGCCAGCGAGUACCGUAUUGUCAGCGCCGGUAAGGGCCAGGGAACAGUCAAGAUCCGCGAGUACGAGUACAGCACUGCCAACUUCCACGUGAGCCCGCAGAAGCUGCGUAUGAUCGGCAACCAGAUCACUGGUCUGUCGGUGACCGAGGCCAUCCGCCAGAUGCAGUUCUCGGCAAAGAAGGCGUCCGACCGCAUCAAGCACUCGCUGGUGUGGGCUCGCAAGAACGCCAUUUUCCAAAAGGGCAUGAACCCGGACAACAUGUACAUCAAGCAGGCCCGGGUCGGCAAGGGCCAGUUCCGCAAGCGCCUGGACCCGAAGGCCCGUGGUCGCUUCGGUGUCAUCCAUAUCCCGUAUGCCCACAUGAAGUACGUGUUCUGGGAGAAGAUGCCUGAGGCCAAGCCUGAGCCCCGCAAUGUCAUGGAGAAGGCGCUGCUGGCUGGCGAUCUGCCCCGGCGGAAGAUCAAGGGCUUCAAGCUCACCAAGCGCGUGUGGACGCCGCUCAACGAGACCAAGCCGGUGUACAAUGCCAAGCAGUUCUACAACUGGUAGAGAAUAGCACCUUUUUAUUCCUAAAACGCAAAUAGAGAUCUCA